AGCAACAAAAUGACAGUCGUUAAAACACACUACAGGUAAAACUUCAGAAAAGUGUCAAAAAGCGUGGCUGCUAAACUUGAGGUUUUGCUUUAAUGUAGAGCAUGGUAUAUAAGUUGUAAAGCUAAAACAAUAUUAAAAGUUCAAAAUGGAAAGAGUUCAAUCUAUGUUUAGUAAUGCUUAUGGUUCCCCUGCCGGUCAUUUGGUUGAACGAGCAACCAGCUCGAACCUGGAAAGUGAGGAUUGGAGCGUAAUAAUGGAGCUUUGUGACACCAUAAACGCAUAUGGUGAUGGUACUAAAGAUGCAGUGAAAGCAAUCAAGAAAAGAAGCGCGGGUCACAAAAGUCCAAAACAGGCAUCGCUAAUUUUGUCAGUUGUUGAAGCCUGCAUUAAAAAUUGUGGGGAGUUGUUUUACAAUGCUGUCAUUACUAAAGAGUUUUGUAGCGAUGUUUUAAUGAAAAUUAUUCAACCGAAGAAUAAUCCGUCCCAAGCUUUGCAGGAUCGAGUGUUGGGGAUGAUAAAAACAUUGGCAGAAGACACCAGAGCUUCCCAUAGUGGGCUUAAACAAGUGUAUAUGGAGCUACAAGAGAAAGGAAUCACUUUCCCUGAUAUUAAAGCUUCAGGGUUUCAAAAUCCAGGCUCAAAAUCUGACACAAAGCAAGAAAAACAUAAACACCAUGUUAGGAACCAGCCAUUAGCUACUGCAGGGUCGGUACCUUAUUAUACUGGUGGUGUCAUCAAUCCUAGUCCACAACAGAUAGCUAAAGUAAGGAAAGAUCUUGGAGUCGUGCUGGGUAAUGUGCGCGUGUUUUCCGAUAUGUUGACGCACCUCAACCCACUGAACUGUGACGAUCCAGAUCUGAAGCUUUUACAUGAACUGAACAGAACAUGCAAGGCGAUGCAGCAGAGAAUUGUAGAACUGAUGGAACAGAUUGGGAACGAAGAAAUAACGAUGGAAAUACUGGCUGUCAACGAUGAUUUAAACAAUGUUUUCUUGAGAUACGAAAGGUUUGAAAAGUUCCGAGCGAACCAAGAAACCUUUUCUCCUUCAGUGAUGCCAGCUCCACAUUUUCCCAGUGAUGCCCAUUCAUUUCCCAGUGAUGCGCAACCAGUUUAUGGCAGUGAUGCGCAACCAGUUUACGCCAGUAUUCCACAACCACAUUUCCCCAGUGAUGCCAAACCGCAUUACCCAAACGACUCCCAUUCAUUUCCCAAUCCCACCCAACCCCCUAUACAAGAACCUCCCCCUAGCUACUCAGAAUCCCAACCUGCUGAAGUAAACGACCUAAUCGACCUGAGUGCCGAAGCCACACCAAUAGUUCUACCACCUGUACAACCAGGGGCAUCAAAGGUACCAGAUGAGCUUCUACAACUUAACCUCGGUGCAACGUUUGACCCGUUUGGCACGCGCCAACUUACCCCACCCAACGAAGUCCCCCCAGAGGAAGUCUUACAGCUUGGUUCGUCAGAGCAAGAAAUUGAACAAUGGUUGUCGGGCAACGCUGGUGCUCUUGGUGUCAGCAAUUCAAAUGCAAAACCAAAUUAAAGUUUAUUAUUAUUAUUGUAUUUUACAUAUUAUAUAUAGCAUUGGGUUAAUAGUUUGUAACACUAAUAGUUUUAGAUCACUGCAUGUUUAUUAAUUCAAUAACAUUCUUAAACUUUUGGCGGCUUACACACAAGCACGUUCAACAUUUUUUGGUUGCAAAAAAUGAUUUUGCCGGUGUGUUAAAGUUACGUCACACUUCAUGUUAUGUUUGUGGAUGUUUCGUAUUUUAACUUGUGUUAUAUCUGCCUAUAUGUUAUGUAUAUUAGCAGUAGCAAAUACUGUCAUUAUAUUCUAUCCAGGUGAGGUCCUACAGAUAGGCACAACAGGGAACUGAAGUUUAAAAGUUAGCCCAUUACCCACAAAAAUAUCAGAGUUCAGAACCAACAAGUUGACGUCCCUUUCCAUAACCAACCCCAGCCCUAACUUAACUUUACCUUUGUUUUAAACCUCACCCCACAAACAUAACAAAGACUUCAACACCACUGUUUAUGCUGAAUGUUUGCAUCUAUUCUAAAUCUUGGUUCUAUGAACUAAUUAUCAAUAUUCUGUAUUUUGUCGCUUGUUUAUAAAUUAUAUUGUGUUAUUUUAAAUCUAUUUCAAACCUUAUGUAUAAAAAUUGUAAUUAAAUUUUACUAAUGCACGCUCUGUAAUAAGUAAUAACCCCCGCACCCUAUAUUCAUUUGACAAGUAAUCAUUAUUUAACGUAUAUUCACUUUCCACUUGUAACACGUGCAGUCUUUGGUUAUUCAAUGAAGUGUUUUGAACUUGUGUUAAUUGCUCCCAUAUUUUACA